AGCUGCCCCUCGAGAGGGCGCACGGUCCGCCCCCGCCCAGCCGCCCGUCCCUCUGCCGCCGACGGGGCAACGCCGCCCGCCAUGUCGCUGAAGCUCCAGAAACGCCUCGCCGCCUCGGUGAAGAAAUGCGGCAAGGGCCGAAUCUGGUUGGACCCGAACGAGGCGAGCGAAAUCUCCAUGGCGAACUCUCGCUUUAAUAUCAGGAAGCUCAUCAAGGAUGGUCUGAUCAUCCGCAAGGCGGUGAAGAUGCACUCCCGCUCGCGCGUGCGCAAGAAUCUUGAGGCCAAGCGCAAGGGCCGCCACAUGGGCAUCGGCAAGCGCCGCGGCACGAAAGAGGCGCGCAUGCCGUCGAAGGUCCUGUGGAUGCGCCGCCAGCGCGUGCUACGUCGGCUGCUGCGCAAGU